GAGUUAAAUGCAAUUGAGUAUAAGUUCUAUCAGGCCUUCUUAACUGACAUCUGAAUAAAAGAAGCAAGGAUAAAUAUCUUAGUGAUGUGUGAUACAUCAGCAGGAUGCUAUUCCGGAUUGUAUAAAUUUCUGAAUUUUUCUACACAGCUUAACAGUUCAAAACGGGAGGAGUUAUUACGCGUUUACUGGGAAGAGGUUGCUGAGUCAAAAAAUCAGUCUGAAAUUCCAACAGCCUUACUUAUUGUAACAAUCCUAGUAUUUUUGGGAAUGAUAUUAUUUGGUACAUUCGGCAGCAGUUUAGUCAUUUAUGUAAUAUUGAGAAAACGAUCUAUGCGUACACGUGGAAAUUUAUUUAUACUGAAUUUAGCAAUUUCAGAUUUAACUCUAUGCCUAAUAACUCAACCAUUUAAUCUGUUAAGAUUGUUAACUGGAAAUCGAAAUUGGGUUCUUGGACAAUUUAUGUGUAAAUUUUCUGCCAUGUUUCAAGGAACUAAUAUAUUUGUUUCAACAUUUAGUAUAACAGCUAUUGCAAUAGAUAGAUUUCAAUGUAUCAUAUAUCCAACAGCCAAUCGUGGGAGCAACAAUACCGCAGUCAAUGUGAACUAUUUAACUUGGAUUAUUGCAUUUUUCCUAGCCAGUCCAUUAGUUUACUUUUCACGUAUAACUGAGUUAAAUCAUUUGCAAUGCACUGAAAAGGCAGAGAAUCCCAUUACUCAAAAGUUUAAAGUAGCCUAUUCGUUAGCUGCAUUAAUUAUUCAAUAUAUGUCACCAUUAGUUAUUGUAACUAUUGUCUAUUAUCGUAUUUGUUUAAGUAUACGCGAUCGUAAGUUGCGUGCAAUGCAAAAAAUUUGCUUAUCACAGAUUGUACGAAAUACUACCGAGCAACCAAAUGACAAGUAUGAGUUAGUGAUGGAUACAAAUAGUAAAAGUAAUCAAAGUGCUUGUUUGAAUACAAAUAAAGACUGUCAUGUUACUAAUAAUGGUAAUUAUGAUAUGUAUGCUCCAAGUAAUGCAAAGUGUCCUUAUUAUCAUAAACGUGUUACAUCAGAUAAACAAGGUUCAGCUAUCCAACCGUUGACAACAAUGUUGGCAUCAUCACAGAAGGAGGUUAUAGAUCGUCGGCAUCGUAAAGCGAUUAUUCUGUCAACAGUGAUUGCUAUUGUUUUCUGUUUAAGUUGGUUGCCAAUGAAUACUCUAAAUGUGAUUAGUGACAUAAGAGAAUUGGUUAUCAUAACUAGUAUUGAUGUAGCACUGACAAAUCUAAAGUAUCAUGAUGUUGAAGAACAAGUACUGGACAAUGACACAGUGAACAUUGAAUCUACUUCUAGUGAGUCAAUGUUUCAACAUUCCACCACAAGUUUAAAAGCUAUCAAUAAGAUAAUGAGUAUCGAAGCAAAUAACAUUAAUGCUAUUACUGUUUUAAUUACGCAAGCUGUAUGUUUAUUGCUGAUACUAAGUUCGGCUUGCAUAAAUCCUAUUUUAUAUGGCUGGUUAAAUCAAUCAUUUCGCGCUGAAUUCUAUCAAGUUUUACGAGUACACUCAGCACUAAUGCAGAACAUGAGAUCAUCACAUAAAAAUGUUACACCAGAAAUAAGUAGUAAUAAGAAUACUGGUUACAGAUUUAUCAAUAAUGAACAAGCAGACUGUAUUCAAAGAUUACCAAAUAAUCAUAUAAUGAACCAAUUAAGUACUGUUGAUAUGCAAAAUGAGUACUAUAUUAACUUCUCAUUAAAAAAUAUUCAUGGGCCAAUGAAAAUGCAUGAAAAAAGAUCUAUGUCACCUGCACAAGACUCAUGCACAGUAUUUUCUCUGUUUACAUCACGAUCAGUCGAACUGAAUUCAGUACACGCUUCAAAUAACAGUGGAAGUAACAAAAGUACUACUAAUACUGUCACUAACAACAAUACUACUAUUAGUGAUUUCAAUGAGACACCUUCACAAACCGGCAAAAACUAUUUUCUUACAAAAAAUGAGUUAUCUAGCACGUCAAAUGAAAUUUCAGUACAAUUAGUUCCUGAACAAGAACAUCUACGAUUAUUUUUGAAUAAUAGAAGCCUUACUGGUGAGACAGUGGAUAAUAACAUCAAUCACAGCAUGAAUACUGUUAAUACAAGAAAUGUUGAUAGCGGACUAAGAAGAUAUCUUAUUCUAAACAGUAAUGACGACGAUGAGUGUGAUAUUAUCCCUGAAUCGGAGAGUGCUAAUGAUUUAUCACAUCUUAGAUAUUUACCUGAUAUUACAUCAGUUUAAUUAAUUAGCAUUUUUCUGUCCAACAAGCUAACCAUUCCUAUUGAAGAAUUUAAAAUAAAUUAAAUGAACAAUAAAAUAUUCCUUUUCAGUUUUAUCAUUCAUUUUCUAAAACAACCCAUGACAGCCUUUCUUCCGUUUGAUUUUGAUUUUAUUUUAUUUUGUUUGUUCCUUAGUUUGUAACUACUGGUCUACUUAUUUGUGGAUUAAUGUAUGUUUGUCUAUACUCAUGAUUUAAUAAUUAAGAGUUAAAUUUUUUCGAGAUGCUUUGAUCAAGUUUAUUGCCAUGAAUUUGUGGAUAAUUUCGUCAAUUACCUAUCGAAUAAUAAAGUUAGUGCUUGUAAAAUAAGUCAGAAAUAUAAUGACAGCACUAUAAAGUUAGAAUAAAAAUGUCUUAACACCAAUGCCAAACAAUGAUUGGACUAUUCAUUGUAUAACGUGUAUUUUACUUGUUUAAUCCCGCUGUAGUAUAUUAGAAUACAUGACAAAAUGAACAACUAGUUUGUACUACUUCUCAAAGUUUUUAUCUCUCUACGGAGAUCCUUUUUCAAGAGUAUGAAUACGAUAACAAUUUUUUGACCUAACAGAUAUUCAUACUGGGGGAUUAAUCGAAGGUGAAGUGAAAAUUUGGACUGCGGCUGGAUUGGAAUCAGUGACCACUGGAUUCUGGCCCAAUGCUCUACCAACUGAGUUACAAGGUCCGACGUUUGACCAGAUUUUUAUUUCGCUUCAGUCGCCAAGGAUUUAGCCUGACUACUGUGUGAAUUUUUGCCGCGCUACCAAAUCUAAAUCCAACUGAUUUAGAGAGGGGGCAUCAUGCCAGAAACCCGGUGGUCACUAGUUUGGAUCUGGCAGCGAUCCAAAUUUUCAUUUCACUUUCAAUCAUCACCCAGUAUAAAUACUAGAGUGCCAAACUACGAUUAUCUUAGAUUGUCAAAUGAUAAUAAUUUUCCCCACGAUAUAUAGUUUUUUAAAAAUCCAUCCUUCCAAAACAGUACUUAUGCCUGAUGACUCACAACUUUUUGUACAUUUCACAGUCCAACUAGACUACCUCACCCUAAUUUUGUCCUACCAUACUUGUACCACUGGAAUAAGCCUCUGUGUCCAACCUAAUAAAUUACACACCCACAUUG